GCACGACGGAGGCACAACCCAACUGCACAAGGCAAGAGACCGGAGCUUUCACAAAGGCCAGCACGCCCUGGCGAUGUUCUCCGGCAACAUGUCCGGCCGGUGGAGGGAGCUGCACGGCAGCGACCGCUGGGACGGCCUGCUCGACCCGCUCGAUGUCGACCUCCGGCGUCUCCUCAUCACCUACGGCGAGAUGAUCAUGGCCACGUACGAGGCCUUCAUCGCCGAGCGCCGGUCCCCGAACGCCGGCAUGUGCCGCUACCGGCGAGCCGACCUCCUCCAGCGCGUGGAGGUGUCCCGCCCGGAAUGGUACCAUGUCACCCGGUACAUCUACGCCACGGCCAGCGCCGACGUGCACGGCAAGGUGCUGCUCCGGCCCUUUUGCCGGGACGGGCGCGCGAGAGAAUGCAACUGGAUGGGCUACGUCGCCGUGGCCACGGACGAGGGCGUGGCCGCCCUCGGCCGUCGGGACAUUGUCGUGGCUUGGCGAGGCACGCAGCGGGCCCUGGAGUGGGUGGCCGAUAUGAAGCUCGCGUUCGCCUCGGCGGCCGGGAUCCUCGGCCCGGAAGGCGCCGACGGGUCUGACCCGUCGGUGCACCGCGGGUACCUAUCGCUGUACACCUCGUCGGAUCAAUGCUCGGGGCUCAACAGGCAGAGCGCCAGGAUGCAGGUAUUGACAGAGAUCGCAAGGCUAAUGGACAAAUACAAGGAUGAGGACACCAGCAUCACUGUCGUUGGGCACAGCCUGGGCGCCACCCUGGCUACCCUCAACGCCGUCGACAUCGCCGCCAACUCCUAUAACAAACCCGCCCUGUGGUCGGCGGCCAGGAGCCCGACCCCGGUCACGGCCGUCGUCUUCGGCAGCCCGCGCACGGGCGACCGCGACUUCCGCGACAUCUUCCACCGCCUCCCGGACCUCCGGAUGCUCCGCAUCCGGAACCGGCCUGACCGCAUCCCGUUCUACCCGCCCGUGGGCUACGCCGACAUCGGCGUGGAGAUGCUGAUUGACACGCGCCGCUCACCGUUCCUCAAGCCCCACGGCAACGAGUCGCAGUCGCACGACCUCGAGUGCCACCUGCACGGCAUCGCCGGGUGGCGGGGGGACCACGGCGAGUUCAAGCUCGUGGUUGACCGGGACAUCGCCCUCGUGAACAAGUUCAACGACUGCCUCACCGACGAGUACCCCGUGCCAGUGGGCUGGAAGGUGCACCACAACAAGAACAUGGUGAAAGGACCCGAAGGGAGGUGGGUCUUGGAGGACCAUGAGCCUGACUACGAUGAUGGCGACGAUAGCUUGUAGGAGUCCGGGAAUGACCAUCUUCUAACACUCCAUGCCAUGGUGUUGUGUUGCUACCUUUCGGAUCGUGACAACUUGAUGUUUGUUUUUCCUGAUUUUUUUUAAAUAAAAUGUCACUCUGCUA